GAGCCUGGCGGUUGGCACAUCUCCGUCUGCCUCACGCAGCAACGGGACGAGCAGCGCUCCAGCAACUCGGCACGGCAGCCGGCCGACCGACCGACCAACCAACCAACCGACUCGGCAGCCGCAAGCCCGCAGAUCCCGUCCCCCUUCCCUCCACGGCUCGGUUCCCUGCUUCCGGAUGCGGCUGGGGCCGCCGCCGCCGGAUCCACCGAUCUAGUUGGUGCUGCUGCCGCUGUUUGGUUGUGGCGAGGAGAGGAAGAUGAGGUUCUGGAGGGACGGCGGCGGGAGCGGGGCCGGUAGUGGGCGGGACCUCAACGGCGGGCCGCCCUGCGGCCAGGUGCGCGUCCUCGUCGUCGGCGACUCAGGUGUGGGGAAAUCUUCUUUGGUACAUCUCUUGUUAAAAGGUUCUGCAGUUGCUCGACCAGCCCAAACAAUAGGAUGCAGCGUGGGUGCUAAACAUAUCACUUACAGUAGUCCAGGGAGUUCGUCUAAUAGCAUCAAGGGUGAUGCUGAAAGGAACUUCUUUGUUGAGCUUUGGGAUGUUUCAGGACAUGAGCGUUACAAAGAGUGUCGUUCACUCUUUUAUUCACAAAUUAAUGGUGUCAUAUUUGUUUAUGACCUCUCUCAGAGGAAGACAAAGACAAAUUUGAACAAGUGGGCAGUGGAGGUUGCUGAAUCUGGGACCUUUUCAGCUCCUCUUGGGUCUGGUGGUCCAGGUGGCCUUCCGGUUCCUUACCUAGUGAUUGCUAACAAAGUGGAUAUUGCUCCAAGAGAUGGUAAAAGAGUUAGCAGUGGAAAUCUUGUUGAUGUCGCUCGUCAAUGGGUAGAAAAGCAAGGCCUACUUCCAUCCAGCGAAGAACUUCCACUUGUAGAGAGCUUCCCUGGCAAUUCUGGUCUGCUCACGGCUGCCAAAGAGGCAAGAUAUGACAAAGAAGCUUUGAUCAAGUUCUUCCGCAUGUUGAUAAGGAGAAGAUAUUUUUCAAAUGAGCUUCCUGCUCCUAGCCCAUGGUCACUCACUCCCAGAGAGGAUACCAUUCUUCCUGUUGAAACUGUGAAUGAUGAGGACCUGCUCCAAAGAAAAAGCUAUAGCAGCCAGAGCUACAAAUACAAUGGAGUUGCUCCACUGCCUGCGCAGCGGAACCUAACUCCACCCCCCACACUCUACCCACAGCAGCCAAUGUCUUCCUCGUCAGAGAACUACAGAUACCACAGAUUCUCCUCUUCGUCAAUACCUGAUGCAGGCAGUGGUCGAACAAGCCGAGCAUACAUCAAUAUAUGAUCCAUGAGUAGCCAUUACAACCUCGAAUGUGGAAAACGCAUGCUGCCUGGCCUUCUGAAUCCCAGAAUUGUGGCCUUUUGAGUUAUUCACCUGUUUUGUUGGUAAGAUGUGCAUGUUGUCAGGGUGUCUCUUUUUCUAUUGUUGCAAUCUUUGUGGGAUCACUAGUGAUCAAUUCUUUUAUUUCUUCCCUGUAUAUGUUUUGAAUUUUGUUAUUGUAUGCAAGGCAACACGCAUGUUAUAUGAAUUCAAUAGGAUCACUUAACGGUAACACACGACAUGGUGUACUGUUAACUAUUGAUAUUCUAUGUAAUGCAAUUUUGAAUCAA